UCUAAUUCUGGCCACGUUGAUAGUCAGAGUGCACAAAAAUGGAACAGCAUGUUCUACGUGGAUGGCCACGAUGUUUCUUGAAAAUUGGAAGCGUUUGCAGAUGAGGCUGUGUUACUUCUGGGAUCUGACUGGCUUGGAGGAGGAGGAAGAACACCCCAGGCCAGAAUACGAAACAAAAUUAUUGCAGAAGAAAUCCAGAACUGAAAAUACCAAAAUCGUGAGUCAGGAUGAGGAGGAAGAGGAAAAACUGACUUGGAGAGACCGCACGCCUGGCUAUCUCGUGAACUGUGCUUCUAUCUUGUUUAUGAUCUCCCUGACUUUUUCCAUAGUCGUUGGUGUGAUUGCAUACCGGAUAACCACAGCGGCCGCGCUCUCCAUGAGCACCAAUGGGUCAACCAAGUCCAACGUGCGAGUCACCGUGACAGCGACAGCCGUCAUCAUAAACCUCGUGGUGAUUCUAAUCCUGGACGAGAUUUAUGGAGUUGUUGCCAAAAAGUUGACAGAAAUGGAGGUACCGAAAACAGAAAAAACAUUUGAGGAGCGGUUAAUUCUGAAGGCCUUCCUGCUGAAAUUUGUUAAUUCCUACGCACCCAUUUUUUACGUGGCUUUUUUUAAGGGAAGGUUCGUCGGCCGUCCUGGCCAAUACGUGUACAUGUUUGCUGGUUACCGAAUGGAAGAGUGUGCUCCUGGAGGGUGCCUGAUGGAACUCUGCAUCCAGCUGAGCAUCAUCAUGUUGGGGAAGCAGCUGAUUCAGAACAAUAUCUUUGAAAUAGGCGUCCCGAAACUAAAGAAACUGUUCCGUAAGCUGAAGGAUGAAAGGCCAGAGAAGAAGGAAAGCCCUUCGGAUGCAUCUAAGCAGCCUCAGCAGUGGGAGCUGGACUACGUCUUGGAGCCAUUCACGGGGCUGACCCCAGAAUACAUGGAAAUGAUCAUACAGUUCGGCUUUGUCACACUCUUCGUGGCCUCCUUUCCUCUGGCUCCGGUGUUCGCCUUGCUGAACAACGUCAUUGAAGUUCGGCUUGAUGCCAAAAAGUUUGUGGCUGAGCUGAGAAGGCCUGAUACCGUAAGAGCAAAGGAUAUAGGAAUUUGGUUUAAUAUUUUGAGUGGCAUUGGAAAAUUCUCAGUUAUAAUUAAUGCCUUUGUCAUUUCAGUCACUUCGGAUUUCAUUCCACGCCUUGUCUACCAAUACGCGUACAGUCACAAUGGAACCAUGCACGGCUUCAUCAAUCACACCCUCUCGUACUUCAAUGUCAGUGACUUUAAGUCUGGAACCCAACCAGAACACUCACCAUUUGAAGAGGAGGUUUCUUUUUGCAGGUUUAAGGAUUACAGAGAACCACCAUGGUCUGAAAACCCGUAUGAAUUCUCUAAGCAGUAUUGGUCGGUUUUAUCUGCCCGUCUGGCAUUUGUCAUUAUUUUUCAGAAUCUGGUCAUGUUCCUCAGCGUACUUGUUGACUGGAUGAUCCCAGACAUCCCCAAGGAUAUCAGUGAGCAGAUCAAGAAGGAGAAGAGUGUGCUGGUGGAUUUCUUUCUGAAGGAGGAGCAUGAGAAACUGAAACUGAUAGAAAACUUUAUCGCACGGGACAAACAAAGGAGCUGGAGUGAGACGAGAAGGAAGAGGAGUCGAGCGGCCAGUUUCUCCCAGUUCAACCGAAGUCGUCGCGGCAGCUUUACAUCUCUUAGUUCAAAGCACAGCGAUGUAUGAUCCGUAUUUGGACCACAGAGAGCCUGCCUGCGUACUCAUCCGCUUCCUCCAAGGAACUAUGAGAGCUGUAGUAACAUAAAGGGGGGUUGGGGUCUUUAGCCAAAGAUCCCCAUUACUCACACAAGGAAGCGGUGACCCACUGGGCUGCUAUAAAGCCCUUAGUAGAGCUAUGCCCUAAGAGAAAGGACCGUCCUUAGGAACGAAAUCUAAUAACUGUGUACCUGUUGCGUGAUCUCACCUGGAAUGAGGGGGUUGGUGGCUGGGAGGAGGAGAGCUGAUAGAGGUCUAGUUCAGCAGAAAGUGGUUUUCAGAACCGUAUCUAGGUUACAAACGCCUGUGAGUUUAAUCGGGUUAAGUCCCAUGGCUCACAGCCCCAGGACUUAUAGUUUGGUGGGAAUGCUGAUGCCAGCAAUCGCUAAUUUUUGUGAUAAAAUUAUUAUAGCUUCCUAAAAAUGAAAGUGCUGUUAAAUCAGUUAAAGUUAUAACAUAGACUAGGAGCGAACUCCCCAAAUAUGGUUGCAGUUGGCAGGUUUGUUAUUUUAAAGUUCACUUGAGGUGGACGCGUGUCUCUUACUUGCCCUGUCCCUGACGGAAAGUCUUCCACCCACCCACCCACCCACCUGAGUCUGGCUGCUCAGCUGGAUGGAA